AUGUUGAUCUCGAUCUGGAUCGCGGCGAUGUGCCUCGCUGCUCUCGCUCGAACCGAUAAACUGACCCCCUAUCCACUCUACGAUACGGAGCAUGAGCCUCCGGAUGAGACCCUCCAAUCUAUGGCGGUUGAGCAUACCGGAACUCCCGAUCUUGCAGCCUUGUCCUCUGCGCUCGAUCUACAGGAUCAAGAAAUCUUCGUCUGGGCUGGUGAGAAAGGUGCGGUCUAUAGCUCCCCUGGCGAGUCGGGAAGCGACGGACCGACGGCCUGCGCAACGCUCAGCGCUCACCCCUGGCACCCCUGUCGACAUCUCCACUUCACACAGGUCGAACUGGUGAGAGCGUGAUGGCUGCGAUGGAACUCGACACCCAUGAAACCGAAAAGGUAGGUCAGUUCUUCGCUAGUCACGUGCCCGAACGCUCUGCUGAUUGAUGACUUCGGUUCGAAGCAGGUGCUCAACAUGCAACGUUUCGCCUCUCUACUCGCACAUGUCGAAUGCGGGUCUAUCGAGACCAGGAUCGAGUUCAAAUCGCGACAAGUCUUUUCGUACGCUGCUAUGUCUUGGUCUUGGGUCAACUCGCACCCCGACCAUAUCUUCGUUCUGUUCACACACUGGCAAGGUUGCCUGACCGACGAAGGCAACUUCAAGCCUUUCCACUUCCACACCCUCGUCACAGAUUCCGCUUCUUCAACGAUCACGCUGCAUGGGGCCACCAAGAUCUGGAAAGAAGCCGCGCACACAUUCACACUCGAAGUCGGAGAUCCGUCCCCGUCCCCGAAGUUGAUCAGUGACUUCAAGUUGGCCCGCUCGGUACGCCGUCGUUCAACCGCGGGCCGAAUGGAUCGCGGUGGAAAAGUCGACUUCCGUCGGUUUUCCAAGCCCGUCCCGUCGUUCCAGCCGGACAGUUGGUCUUUCAAAAAGAAUAUAUGGAACCCUUUGAGGAAAAUAUGGGACUACCUCAUCGGGCGAAAACGACUCGCCGUCUCAUUCGGCUCGGCGGGCUUGAGCGCCCAUCCUGUCGCCUCUCAACCGGGCAUCAGUGCUUCGAGCCACUGCAAAGGGUGUUCGAUUCACGGUUCGUUAGGCGUUCACUUUGUACUUCGUGUGAGCGGUAGAACUCCUUUACGAGUUGGGGUGUCGGUAACGGCUCACAAUGUCGGUGCCAAGGCCGAACUCGAUUUCAACGUCAAGGUUAGUCCGCUUCGCUGUUCGUGUGUUCGUGCCGACCGGGACUUCCGCCGGCCGUCGAGCCUUGAAGUAAGGUGACUGAGACUCCUACUCGUUUUGACUAGGGGAAGACACCUGCCUCCUUCGCUUGGGGUCGAACCCUCGCCAGCCUCGCCAUACCCGGCUUCACCUUUGAAAUCCCGAAUAUAUUCUGGGCCGGGGCCCAGCUCAAAACCGGCUAUGGCUUUGCCACCUCCAAGCUCGACGGGGAUUUCGAACUAGGGACGGGGGUCGACAUCGAGAUUCCUGAUGGGGCCACGGUAUACUUCGACUUCUUGGGUCCAAAUGACGCUUCAACAGGCAGUUGGUCGCCUCAGCUCAUCAAGCAGCCGAUCAACUUCGUUGGGAAUGGUCAUGGAGUUUUGGCCGGGGGUAUCAGCAGUGGGAUCGGGUUUUCAGUGUCGUUGUUCAAAAUGUGUACGUCUCGGUAAUGUAUCAAUCCGCGAGAGACAAAUUGCUGAAUACGGGGCUCUCCAGCUUUCACCUUGGCCGCCGUGCAGUUCAAAUUCCCAUCGCUCUCAUUUCGUAAGCCCCGCAUCCUUAUCCGCGUCCAGCACACUGACGUGGACUCCGAGUCCCUGGCCUCCCUUCUCCAGACAUCGGACUUAACGCUCCGGGCACCAAACCCUGCGGCCAAAUCGUCCAUAGUGAAACGACCGAGGUCGACUCGUACCUCUCCAUUGGGGUCAGCGUCAAAACGGGGUACUCCGGUGGUGAUUUCUCCAUCGGGGGGUCGUCGCGUCUCAAGAGACAUGAUCAUCUCGACGAGGGGAGUUCGUUUAACGCUUCGCUUCUUGAAGGGUUCUUGGAUGAGGCGUUCCCGAUUGAUGAUCCCAAGACUUGGUUGGGUGCUCUACCGGCCCUUGAGGACGAUAAAGAAGGGAUAUAUGUCACCGAGGAGAAGGCUUCGAUGGACAAACGAGCUUUCAAAGGGGUCGGAGUGUCCUACAGCAAGAACCUCUGGUCCCAUCGCUGGCCAUGGCUCCGACCCAAGUGUUUUGCCAGUCGUGCGGUAUGGGUACGCUCGCACCCGCGAGAACUAUUAGGACUCGAUCACUGA